GCCUACUCCUACAUCACUGGUUUGCAUGUACACACAACCCACUAGGCGAGCAGCACAACAGGCACUGUAUUUACCAGCCAACCCUCCAAUGAACCACACUGACUCACUGGACUCUCUUUGGAGCAAACACUAUCAUUACUGAAAGGAAGGACGACUCUUUUGUGGCUUUUUGUCCCUUUUGACAUUUUUCAUUCAUUCCUAAAUUUGGAUUUAAUUCUGCUUAUGCAGAGGUAUAUGGGUGACCCCAAGAGAAAAGGUGGGGACGUGCUAACCAUGUGGAUCCCGACACCCAGCAUGACUCGCACUCAGCGAAUGGUUCUAUACGGGACCUGCGUUGUGGCGUUGUUGAAUUCUGUAGGUCUCUUGGUGCUCCUGGUCCAGCAGAACCAACAGAACAUCAUUUUGGAGCAAACAGGGGCCAGACUGGUAGAGGUGGAGCAGAGCUCAGUGGUGGAGUUUCUCCAGGAGGUGCCUAGAGAACGAGCAGGGAUGCAGAGGAACUCUGAGAAGCCACAGUAUCAGUACUCCAGGAAUAAGAGGAGUGAUGCGCAAGAGCUCGAUCGGCUGGAGGAAAAGGAGUUGGAGAAAGAGGUUCACCAGGAGAAAGAUCUGGAGCUCCAUCAGCAGGAGGUCAGUCAGGAAGUUGGAGAAGAGGAAAAGACGAAGCAUAAUCGGAAGCGCAAGCAGCAUCAUAAGCAUCAUUACCGCAAGGAGUACGUGCAGGAUGACAUGAUGACAAUGCUGACUUACUCCAUGGUGCCGAUUAAAUUGUUGAUCGACAUUUGUAACAGCACCCAGGGUGUCUGCAUAGCUGGGCCCCCAGGACCCCCCGGUCUUCCAGGUGUGGAUGGUGUGCCCGGUAUUAAUGGUACAGAUGGCAUCCCUGGGAUUGAUGGGAUUCCUGGUGCUGAUGGCAAACGAGGAAAGAGAGGACUUCAAGGUGAAAAGGGAGAACCAGGAGAAAAAGGAGACCGUGGAGAGCCUGGACCCCCUGGAGAGAACGGCCAAGCUUCCAAUGAUGUCAUCAUCGAGGGUCCUCCUGGACCUCCUGGACCUCCUGGGCCCAUGGGGCCACCUGGACCCCCUGGACCCCUGAGAACAAGACACCACAGAGCCCACCUACAGGCAGCUCAGACAAUGGAACAACUAUAUUCCAUUCCAAAUGAUGAGACAUCAUUUGCAAAGGGUGCAAGUAAAGCCCAUGAGAAGGCAACUAAGGCCAACGAGUGCCUAAUAAAGUCACUGAUCAACCCCAGAAAUGUGACAAAGAUGGAGAACACAUUUGGCACAUGGAUGAAAGACACGGCUUUGCUCAACGAUGAAAGCAUAUGGGUUGCAGAACACUUUUCGGGUCGUGUGUUGAAGGAAUAUCAAAAUGUCGCUUCUUUCCAAUACAACAACAGUGACACAGUGAAUGUUAGAAAGUUCUAUCAAGGCUGUGGUCACACGGUGCACAAUGGCUCCUUCUACUAUCAAAUUGCUGGCACAUCUAGCAUUGCCAGAUUUGACUUUCACUCCAAGAAGCUUCACACACUCACUAUAGACAAUGCUCUGUACCACAACCUGGCCUAUCUGCUGCACAACUCUAAGACAUACUUCAAAUUGGCGGCGGAUGAGAAUGGCCUGUGGCUGAUCUUUGCCUCCAGUGUGGAUGAGAGCAUUGUGGUGGCCCAGCUGGACCAGAAGACCUUCUCCAUCACCUCCCACAUCAACACCACCUAUCCCCGCACCAAGGCCGGAAACGCCUUCAUUGCCUGCGGGGUUCUGUACGUUACAGACACCAAGGACACAAGGGUCACUUUUGCUUAUGAUUUACUAAAGGGCAAACCGGUUAAUGUAACCUUUGACCUGAGGCCUCCAGGCGGAGUGCUGGCUAUGCUCUCCUACAGUCCCAAGGAUAGACAUCUGUACGUGUGGGAUAACAGUUAUGUGAAGCUCUAUGUGGUCCACUUCAUCUCUGAUGAGUGAUGACCUGCAGGUCAGAGAAAGGCUGAUAACCAAACUCCCAAUCUUUACCAAAUGAGGUUAUAGAGUAAGUAGUUCGUAGAAAUGAUGUGAUUUCAAUCAGCUUAUAAACAAUAGUGUAAAAAGUACAGUGCUGUAUUCCCAAUGUACAAUGCAUAUUACAACUGUUUUCCUAUCAUUUAUAUAAAACUUUGUAAAAUGUAGGUGUUAAACUAUUUGCAUGAUUUUACUCUAUAUUCUGUAUAUAUGUAUGCUUUUGUUUUUGUGAUUGACCAUUACCAUAUUUCCUCAAAGAGUGCCCUCCGAUCUAACACCUGCCUUGUCUCAUUUAUUGGCAAACAAGAGUACCUCCUCAAAUAUUUACCUCCAUUUUACCCCCAGACAGAAAAAGUUCUGUUGCUAACCAAAACAAUGGCACUUAGUCUUUUGAAUGCAUUUAGCCCACAUUAACCCUGUAAAUUUAGGAUUACUAUAUUUAUGAAUGUUUUUGUACAAAAUCAACUCCUAAUGCCCGGUCCCCUUUGCAGUUGAGUAAAUCAACAGCCAAGGCCAGCAACUAUUUGAGCAAAUACUGUACUGUAUUUCUAGUGAAAGAAGCAAGCAACAAAUAACAGUACCAAAUCACCCCAAUGAAAUAAAAAUAAUUUAUUCACUUUACAAAGGUAAAUCUCCAACCAUGACCUGUUCUUUCUUUCUGGCACUGGUACUCUUGCAAGCACCUGCCCGUGAUACUAGUUUUGUGUUGCUGUGCAUGCACACACACUGAUACACACACAUAUACACACACCAGACACCAGUAGGGCCACUGGUAAAACACGUACAAUACACAUAGUGGGCGGAAAGAGGGGAGAGAAACACAAAUUUGUUUAAUAAAUACCUUACACACACACCUAACAAAAGUUACAACUAAUUCAGCUGGUAUGAUACAAACCAAAAAUAAAGAAAUGCUUUCAUGUUUGUACAAG